CAUCCUGGACGAGGUGUCGGGCCUGACGCUGGACGACAGUCUGGACCGAGGACCCCCGCCGAGCCCCGGAGAUCAGCACGGAGACUUUGCCGGGGCGGGACCCAAGGAGCAGGUGGCCACCUUCUGCCUCCACGACGCCGCCGAGUGCCAGAUGUCCUCGUCCUCGUCCUCCUCGUCCCUCUCACCCAGCCCCGUGUCGGCACUACCACCCUGCGGGGGCACGGCGGCUCAGAGGCAGCUGUCCCACGCCGACAAGCUGCGCAAGGUCAUCAACGAGCUGGUGGAGACGGAGAAGACUUACGUGAAGGACCUGAGUUGCCUCAUCGAGUGCUACUUGACACCGCUGCAGAAGGAGAACUUCCUGACUCAGGAUGAGCUGGAUGUUCUGUUCGGUAACCUGGGAGAGAUGGUGGACUUCCAGCUGGAGUUCCUGCGGACUCUGGAGGACGGCAUCAGACUGGUGCCAGACCUGGACCGCCUGGAGAGGGUGGAGCAGUUUAAGAAAGUUCUCUUCUCCCUGGGCGGGUCUUUCCUUUACUACGCCGACCGCUUCAAGAUCUACAGCGCCUUCUGUGCCAGCCACACCAAGGUGCCCAAAGUCCUGGCCAAGGCCAAAAGCGAUCCAGACUUCAAGGCCUUCCUGGAGGAGAGAAACCCCAGACGCCAGCACUCGUCCACGCUGGAGUCCUACCUGAUCAAACCCAUCCAGCGGGUCCUCAAGUACCCUCUACUCCUCAGGGAGCUCUUCUCGCUCACACACCCGGACAGCGACGAGCAUUACCACCUGGACGUGGCCAUGACGGCCAUGAACAAAGUGGCCAGUCACAUCAACGACAUGCAGAAAGUUCACGAGGAGUACGGAGUCGUCUUUGACCAGCUCAUCAACGACCAGACCUCGGACAAGAAGGUGGCCGACCUCUCCAUGGGAGACCUGCUGCUGCACUCCAGUGUGGUGUGGCUCAACCCGCCUGCUGCUCUGGCCAAGAGCAAGAAAGACCCCGACUUGGCUGCUUUUGUCUUCAAAGCAGCGCUGGUGUUGGUGUACAAAGACUCCUCCAAGCACCGCAAGAGAGGUGGAUCUCACCGAGCGUCGGUGAGCGACGACAAGGAUCCCAUCCGCUUCCGCCACAUGAUCGCCACCGACUCCCUGCAAGUCCGCGCCUUAGCGAACUCCGAAGACUCGUCCGUGUGUGAGAUCCUGCACACCAGGUCAGAAUCCGAGGGAAGACCUGAACGAGCUUUCCAGUUGUGCUGCAGUUCCCCAGAGAGCAAGAAGGAGCUGCUGAAGGCGGUCCACUGCGUCCUGAGGGAGAAACAACGCCGGCAGCUCCUGAAGAGCCAGUCUCUGCCUCUCAGCCAGCAGUACGUCCCCUUUGGGGGCAAGAGGCUCUGCGCCCUGAAGGGGUCUCGGCCCGCCAUUAACAGAGCAGCGUCCGCUCCUUCGCGCACGUUGCCCCGCAGGAAGUUGGUCCGCAAGCGCCUCACCAUCGACACGGACCUGGCCUUCCACGGCAACAACAACGCCGCCGCCGACUGUGACUCCGCCCACCAGACUUCCCAGCAUGCACCUGCGCACGCCAACGACACGGACCGCUGGGUGGAGGAGCAGUUUGACCACCAGCAGCACGGCGCCAUCACGGUGAAGGAGACGGACAUCCUCAGUGACGACGACGACUACUGCAAGUCCGUCAGGGCGGCGGCGCUCCGACCUCAGGACCUGCACCUGCGUCUGGACGCCAUGGAGAUAGACGGCGGGGAGGGGCGGAGCCGGGACCCCAACGGACAAGGGCAGACGGGAGGCGGGGUCACGCAGGACGACGCCCCCGAGCGACUGGCUCGCUGCGCCACGCCCACCCUGAAGGUGGCGCCACUCAAAGCUUGUGCGGCCGAGGGCGUCGCCAACCAGGACCAGCACGCCGUGGUGUGGGUGCGCAGGGACGACAUCUUCUGACGUGUGUGUCUCUCUGUGUGUGUGUGUGUGUGUGUGUGUGUGUGUGUCUGUGUGUGUGUGUGUGUGUGUGUGUGUGUGUGUGUCGCGUACAGCACACACUGGCCAGUUGAUUAGGUACACCUGCGAGGCUCCACUCUGUCCCUCCGUGAGGACCACGGUGAUGCGUUCAAGUUCACCCCGUUCAUUCGGACUCGUGCGACAUGGCGCGCGGGGGUCAAAGGUCUGAGGUCAAAGUUCAUCGUCGGGAUCGCUUCGACCUUUUUUUGUUUGUUGGGAGUCGCGGCGCCGUAAAGAAGUGAUGUCAUGGCCAAAAUAUUAGGAACGUCACGUCUGUUUUUUUUGUCAAUCAUUCCCGACUAAAUGCCUUUUUUCAAAUCAUUUUCAAGAAUAUCAUACCCGACAAAUGUCUUUUUUCAAAUCAUUGUCAUUUUAAAGAAUAUCAUACCCGACUAAAUGUCUUUUUUUCAAAUCAAAUGUCAUUUUCAAGAAUCAUACCCGACUAAAUGUCUUUUUUCAAAUCAAAUGUCAUUUUCAAGAAUCAUACCCGACUAAAUGUCUUUUUUCAAAUCAAAUGUCAUUUUCAAGAAUCAUACCCGACUAAAUGUCUUUUUUCAAAUCAUUGUCAUUUUAAAGAAUAUCAUACCCGACUAAAUGUCUUUUUUCAAAUCAAAUGUCAUUUUCAAGAAUCAUACCCGACUAAAUGUCUUUUUUCAAAUCAAAUGUCAUUUUCAAGAAUCAUACCCGACUAAAUGUCUUUUUUUUUAAUUACACUCAACAAAAUGUCUUUUAUAUACUAUACCCGACCAAAUGUUAUUUUAAAGAAUCAUACCUGACUGAAAUUUUUAUUUUAUUUUUUUUAUUAUUUUUUUUUUUUUAUUAUUAUACUGGACCAAAUGUCUUUUUUUUUUUUUUUUUAAACUACUCGACCAAAUGUUAUUUUGAAAAAUCAUACUGGACUAAAUGUCUUGGAAAAAAUCAUUCCCAACUAAAUGUAUUUUUAAAAAAUUACACUCAACGAAAUUUCAAUACAUCAUACCCGACCAAAUGUUAUUUUAAAGAAUCAUACCCAAGUAAAUGUCUUUUUAAAAAAAAAAGUAUUAUACUAGACUAAAUGUCUUUUUUUGUUUUUAACUGCUCGACCAAAUGUUAUUUUGAAAAAUCAUACCCGACUAAAUGUCUUUUUUU